AUGUUCAAUUUCUGGGGAUCAAAAGAACAACAAGGCCAAUCUCGACCUCCGGAAGCUUCUUCGCAGCAGCCAUGGUACUCGCCUUCUCUGUUCAGCUCGUCAAGCUCAUCUCGGCCUCAAACAUCAGCUCAGAUUCCAACACAUGUUUCACCAGGUGAAGCAGCAGGCAUUAUCGUGCUCUUGAAAGACAAAAGUGUGGACGAGCUCAGGAAGCUUCUCUCUGACAAAGAUGCGUAUCAGCAAUUUCUGCUCUCUCUUGACCAGGUUAAAAUCCAGAACAAUAUCAAAGAUGAGCUCCGGAGAGAAACAUUGCAGCUAGCUAGAGAGAACUUAGAGAAGGAGCCACAGAUGAUAGAGCUCAGAAACCAAUGCAGAAUUAUCCGUACGACUGAGCUCGCAACUGCACAAGAGAAGCUCAAUGAGCUGGAGAGGCAAAAAGAGGAGAUCCUCCAGUUUUACUCACCUGGUUCGCUUCUUCAUAAACUUCAAGAGGCUAUGAAUCAGGCCGAUAAAGAAUCCGAAGCCCUGCAAGAAAAGUUCCUAGAGAGGGAGAUCGAUACAGCAGCAUUUGUGCAGAAAUACAAGAAGCUACGGACUACAUAUCAUCGACGAGCACUGAUUCAUCUUGCUGCUAAAACAUCAACCAUCGGUUGA